AAGCAAAGUGUGCAGUCUGUCAGGGUGAACACUGACACAAACUGAUGAGAAGAGAACAGCAGUCAUGAAGAGAACAGCAGUCCUGUUUUUGCUCCCAACCCUGUGGACAGCCUGUCUGACUCUGGAAUGUACUUCAGUGUCUGGCAGGCUGAAGCAGGUUGAUGCUGGGAAUGGUCAUGUGUUUGGAGUAUGUCCUAAAGGUGAGGUCUUCACCCUGUACGGCUCCAGCUUGAUAAGGAUACCUGGACAGCUGAAGCACGUCAGCGUGGGACCUGCUGGAGUCUGGGGAGUCAACUCAACUAAUCACAUCCACAGACUGGUGAAAGGAGACUGGGUCACAGCUCCAGGCCUGAUGAAACAGGUGGAUGCGGGAGGAAAGCUGUUUGCAGCAGGUCUGAACAUGGGCGGUGUGGUCUUCUGCCUGGGUGAAGAAGCUACCACAGGCUUUGCAGGGCCAGGUAGUCCUGCAUCUUGGACACAACUCCCAGCAAGACUGAAGUACUACAGCUGUGGACCGUACAGCUGCUGGGGAGUAAACACUGCUGAUGAAAUAUUCAUUUUGAAGGGUGUCACUCCGACGGCUUGUGGUGGCUCUUUAGAAUUUCAGCCAAUAACUGGAUCUCUUUCUAUGAUUGAAGUUUCUACUGAUGGAAGAGUGUAUGGGGUCAAUUCAGUAGGAGAUAUCUACCAAAGGGAAGGCAUCUUACCAUGUAACCCUGCUGGUACUGGGUGGCGCCACGUUUCAUAUUCGGAGAAAGUUAAACAUGUUUCCUAUGAUCUCGGACACCUUUGGCUCAUCGGAAAAGAUAACCGCAUCAUGGACUGCACUGAAUAAGCGCAGCGAAUACAUGAAUAAAUAGAAGUUCAGACUCAAAUCCUGAGCAGAAGACACGAUUCUCAUGUUUUUCUUCAUUACCUUAUAACUAUAUAUCUGUUGAAGCUCCUGUAGAACUGUAAUGUUAAAUUGAAUAACUGAAUUAAAUAAACAAUAAUAAAUCAUAAUUUUGAUAAAGCAAA